AUGGCUAACAUCAUAGGUUUAGCACGGACUCCGUUUGCACCUAUUUUGGGAUCGCUGUCCCAGGAAUCCUGCGUCACGCUAGGCACCGCCACCAUACGAGGCGCCAUAAGCAGUGGAUGUAUCCCCGUUAAUUCAAUAGAUAAGGUUGUGUUGAGCCAGGUGUUCUCUGGCGGAGCAGGGCCUUCACCAGCUAGACAGAUUUCAAAUGAAGCUGGACUUUCUGACUCCACAAGAUGCUUCCAAAUAAGUCAACUAUGCACAAGUGGUUUGAAGGCCAUCAGCAUCACCAAUGAUUCUAUCACUCUCGGAAGAUCGCAGCUUGUAGCAGCGUUAGGAUCUGAAAGCUCCUCGCAGGCACCUUACCUUUUGACGAGGGCCAGGGUAGAAGGCUAUGGGAUUGGUGACGGAGUGCUGGUUGACUCUUUGACUAGCGACGGAUUCGCUAAAAUACAAAUGGACUUAGAUGGUUUCGUACAGGCUGCCAAAAUCACAAAACUAGAUAUGAUGCAGUACGCAACUGAAUCCUUCCGACGGACAGCGGCAUGCUACAGCGACGGUAUUAUGCAAAACGAAAUAGUCCCCCUCAUCGUAAAAGCUAAAAGAAUGGAUAGACGUGAAGGAGAAACAUGGAUUUCCCACCCACAGCAGAAAGUGACAGAGGAUGUACUGCCUAAAUUAUUUGUGCCGAAGCAGAUGCCUACUUCAAAAAUUAAAACCAAAUCUACGAUAUCAGACGGUGCGUCUUGUCUGUUUUUGUGUAAUGAUGACUUCCUUCGCCAAAUGGGCACGUCACCCAUUGCAAGGAUAUUGGAUUGCUGUGAGUUGACCGUCGAUGCCGCAAGCUUCCCAGAGGCAUUGGUCCAAGUGGUCAAAGAAAUACGGGAUAAGAUGAACGGCAAGGUUGACUUGUAUGAGAUUCUUGACCAAUACGCAUUUUUGCCCCUGUACGUAUCUAAAAGCUUAGGCAUCGACCACUCACGCAUCAAUGUACACGGAAGCUCGCUUUCAAUUGGCCAUCCCAUGGGCGCUUCAGGUGGGCGGCAGAUGAUCUCGAUGGUAACUGCUUUGCGUUCCCGAGGUUUGCGAUAUGGUUGUGUCGCUGGAGUGAACACAGCCGGUGACGCCAUAGCGAUUCUUGUAGAAGCGACUUAG